AUGACACCAAUUGCACUCGAUCAAGUCGAAUCCCAGCCGUUAAGCGACAAGAAGAUCCUUGUUAAGCCAUGGAGCCGUCCCCAGAAGACCAAAGAGCAGCUUGACUGGGCAGUGUUGCCCAAGAUCGACCUGUCGCGGUUCGACGAGACAGGCGGCAAGCAGGAGCUGGCCAGGGACCUCUACGACGCAGUGACCAAGGUCGGGUUCUGGUCUGUCGUCAACACGGGCCUCGACGAUGAGCGUGUGCUCCGCCAGUUCAGUAUCGGCAACACCUUCUUCAAGGAGCCGCUGGAGGAGAAGCGAAAAUUCCCUUGCAAUUUUGCCGAGGGUGAGUACUUCGGCUACCGCGAGAACUCGCGCUGGGUCGGCGACACGGGCGUCAAGGAGAACAUCGAGAUGCUCAACAUCCCCAAGCCCAUCCCCGAGUACGCCAGCGUGGGGCAGCACCAGGUGGUGCAGGACAACUGGGCCGAGAUCGCGCAGUUCCACCGCGACGUCUACGACAAGGUCGUGCACAAGCUGUUCGUGCUGAUCGCCAUCAUCCUGGAGCUGCCGGAAUCGUUCUUGGCCGACGCGCACGCCUACGACGGCGCGUCCGACGACCACCUGCGCUACAUGAUUUAUAAUGUGCGCACGCAGGACGAGUGGGACCGCGCGCAGGCGUACUCCAAGGGCGGCCACACCGACUUCGGCAGCCUGACGCUGCUGUUCUCGCAGCAUGUGGCCGGCCUGCAGAUCCGGACGCCUGCGGGCGAGUGGAAGUAUGUGCAGCCGGUGGAUGGGGGGAUUACGUGUAAUGCUGCUGAUACGCUGACUUUCCUUACCAACGGCUUCAUUAAAUCCACAGUUCAUCGGGUGGUCACGCCACCCAAAGACCAGAUGGCCACGCCCCGUCUCGGCCUACUGUACUUCAGCCGGCCCGGUGAAAACACACCCAUGAAGACAGUCCCAUCGCCUCUUCUAGAACGCCUCGGCCUGAUACCCGAAGAGGACAAGGACCCCAACAAGCCAACGGUGACGGGGUCUGAGUAUGUUCGCGCUCGCGUCAAGGAUGUCCACUAUAAGACGGUGAUAGACAAGCGUGAAGGAACCGCGUUUGAGUUCAAGGGGCUGAAGGUGCAGAACUACUAUGAUUGA